AUGACAGCCGCCGUGAAAGUACAUCCGGCGGUGUUGAAUAUUUCCGAGACGGAAGUGCCCAGUGUCAGCUGUGCGACACCGAGUUUUCGAACGGCCGUUGUGCUACGGAAAACCACACGGUUGGAUUGGGAAAAGCAAAAACAUCCGUUUAAAUCGACAACACAACUGCUACAGUAUCUUCGAAGUAAAGGACAUGAUGUAGAUGAUAUGAUCAAAAGCGAUGCAAAACAAAAAGCAGCUGCCGCAGAGAUUCUAGCCAGACUUGAGGAAGCACACAUCAUGACUCAAGUGGUAUCUCGUCAAACGUUGCCAACGGCUGUACAAUGGGCCGAUCUGGUAGUUUCCGCUGGUGGAGAUGGCACUUUCCUCACUGCUGCAGCUGCCGUUACCGACAAAACACCUGUGAUCGGUAUCAAUACCGAUCCUGUGGGAUCCGAAGGACAUCUGUGUAUUGGCGGCAAGAACCCACCACACGAUCUCAUUGAACGAAUUGUGAACGGGAAAUUCAAGUAUGCGAAUCGGAGCCGAAUCCGCGUGACUGUUCUCAACAGAAAACCGGAAGCAAAGAACGGGUGUACGCUGGCUUUAAAUGAAGUUUUCGUCGGAGAAGAUGAAGCUGCAAAGGUCUCAACGUAUGCAAUUUCAAUUGAUGAUCAACCGAUGGUAAAACAAAAAAGUAGCGGACUUAUCGUUUCUACUGGAACUGGUAGUACAAGUUGGUACUAUGGGAUGAAUCGCGUUGAAGAUCAGGGUGUGGCAGCAAUCUUGGAAGCGGCACAGGGUAUGGGUGUGGAAAUCAAAGCAAACAUGCGAGAAUUGGCCGGCGAAAUCGCGAAAAAACUCAACGACAAAAUCGCCUUUGAGCCCAAUCAUCCAAAUUUCGCCUUCUCAAUUCGUGAGCCGAUAUUCAACGCCACAUUCAAGCGCACCCCUGUACGUGGUUUCGCUCGCCGUAUUCGCCUGAAAUCAAAGUGCUCCAAAGGCUUUUUGGUGCUCGACGGUGCCACAAAAAUCCCUUUUAAUAGUGGUACUGAAGUACUGCUUGAGAUCAACGAAGCUGAUUCCCUUCGAACAAUCACUUUGUAG